AUGGUAGAUGACGAUUCAAUGAAUGAUGAUGAUGAUCAACUUGAUAUUCCCGAUAAUACAAAACAUAUUACAUCAAUUCAAUUAGGUCAAGUUGAUAUUGAUUGUUGGUAUCAUUCUCCAUACAUUGACACCGAAGAUAGUUCAAAUGAAAAUAAUCGUACUAUUGAUAAAUUAUAUAUUUGUGAAUUUUGUUUACGAUAUUUUCUUAAUAAUAAAAAUUAUCGACAGCAUAUGAAUGAAUGUAAUCGACGUCAACCACCUGGUCGCAAAAUUUAUGAAGAUCUGAAUGGUUUAUCAGUAUAUGAAGUUGAUGGAAAUAUAUCUGAACUUUAUUGUCAAUGUCUUUGUUUAUUAGCAAAAUUAUUUUUAGAAAGAAAAACAAUUUAUUUUGAUGUUAGUCCAUUUCUUUUUUAUGUUUUGGUUGAAUCAGAUAAACGAAUGAAAAAUGUUCAGCAUAUUAUUGGUUAUUUUUCUAAAGAAAAAUUAAGUGAUGAAUCUUACAAUUUGGCUUGUUUAAUGGUAUUACCUCACCGACAACGACAAGGUUUUGGUCGAUUUUUAAUUUCAUUAAGUUAUGAAUUAACUAAACUUGAAAAGAAAACUGGUUCACCAGAAAAACCAUUAUCAGCUCUUGGUCAAAUGGCAUAUAAGAGUUAUUGGCAUUCGACAAUAUUAACAAAACUAGAUGAAUAUCGUCAUUCACAAGCAUAUGCUACAGUUACACAACUAAGUAUGGAUACGGGUAUUUGUAUUGAAGAUGUUAUUCAAACAUUAAUUGAUCUUAGAUUAGGUCAUACGGGUACAUCAACAAUAGAAAUACAUUAUAAACAACAAGAAGCACGUGAUCAACGUCAUCGUCGUCGUCAAAAAUCAAAUGGUGAUUAUGAUGAAAAUGAUAAGAAUAAUAAUACUCUUAAUUCUGAUUCAGUAUUGACUAUUGAUGAAGAUGUUUUACAUUCAACUAUUGCUCGUUUAUCAAAUGAAAAUUCAUCAUCACAAAAUGAUCAACAUAUUUUCGAUCGAAAUUAUUUACGUUUAAUAAAUCGACGAUGA